ACAGGGGCUGGUUCCUAACGAGACGUUUGUUUCCCUAUGUUAUAGUAGCAGCCAGACUUAGUUCACAGACACAGUGAAAUACUCAUGUCAGCAGCAUCUACUCGGCUGGGACGCGUUCAGCCUGGAUAGCCUCCCGGUGUUUUCACAAUUAUUUCUCUGGCUUAAGCCCACUCAUUUUUUUUUUGUUUUUUUUUUUUAUUAUGCGAGUUAUUAGUUGAGCUGAACCGAAAAUCGUGUUUUUUUUUCCCUUCACGUUUGUUGUGGAAAGGAGAGUGUUUAUUUCCAAGGAGCGACUUCGGCGCCAAACUCAGCAGCGAUGAACAAGAACGGGAUUAUGACCGAAAUCCACACGAAGAUAAGAAAAGAGCCGUUCUCUACCACUUACGAGCUGGUGGGCAAAGAACUGGGCAGGGGAAAAUUUGCUGUGGUGAAGAAAUGCACUGAGAAGGCAACGGGAAAGCAGUACGCUGCCAAGUUUCUGCGAAAGAGACGAAAGGGAGCAGACUGCCGCAUGGACAUCUUCAACGAGAUAGCAGUGCUGGAGCUGGCCAAGGCCAACCCAUAUGUGGUGGGACUGCACGAGGUCUACGAAACCAACUCCGAAAUUAUCCUCGUUCUGGAAUGUGCUGCAGGUGGGGAGAUCUUUGACCAGUGCGUGGCCGACAACGACGAAGCCUUCACAGAGAAAGACGUGAUACGACUAGCCAAGCAGAUCCUGAAUGGAGUCGCCUUCCUGCAUCGAAACAACGUUGUCCAUCUGGAUCUGAAACCCCAGAACAUCUUGUUGACCAGCGCCAGACCCCUGGGGGAUAUUCGUAUUGUGGACUUUGGCUUGUCCAGAAGGAUGGACAAGAUCGCAGAGGUCAGGGAGAUUCUGGGUACCCCAGAAUAUGUUGCACCAGAAAUCCUGAACUAUGAACCCAUCAGCAUUGCUACGGACAUGUGGAGUAUUGGGGUCCUGAUCUACGUCAUGCUGACGGGCGAGUCUCCAUUUCUGGGUGAUGACAAGCAGGAGACAUUCCUCAACAUUUCCCAAGUCAAUGUAGAUUAUUCCCAGGACACGUUUGAAGGGAUCUCCUCCCUGGCAGUUGACUUUAUCAAGUCCUUAUUGGUGAAAAACCCCAGGAAGAGAGCCACGGCAGAAGAAUGUCUCAAUCACCCCUGGCUGAACCCCCUCUCCCCCUCCCACCCGCACCUCCACGCGAUGUCGGCCUCCUCGCUCGACGAGCCCGAGAUGAGCCAGUCGGAAUCGGAGCCCGAGAGCCCGGCUCCUUCCCCGGAGCUGGCCUUUGAGUCGUUCCUUAUAUGCCCGGUUCAAGGCGAGCUGAAGACGGGCCGCCACGCCUUCUCCUUCAGCGAGCCGCCUUUCCGCACGCGGUCCGAAAUAAAGCAGGAGCUGAUAUGCUGACCCGAGUUUCACUUGCGGUGAGAGACGAGACGGAUCCAAACUGAACGGAGCAGAGGCUGAGGAGCCGGGGGGCCGCGCUCUGCAACUGCUUUACGCCUGGCUGCCUUUACUGCUGUGAUGUCUUUAAGCUGAACUGUUUGUGGCUUCAUACCUCUGCCUGUUUUUGUGCGACUGCGCUUUUGAACGGAUUUGGAAAAACUGUGCAGCAGGAGAAGCGUUUGAGGACGGACAAAGCAGGAAAAAGAAGAAGCGGGAGAUGACGCACGAGGACCUUGUUGCAUGACUGCACUGCUGCCUUAAGAGUGACAGAACUGAACUCGGCUGCACACUGUCCCCUGCACUGGUUUCGUUUGACCUAUCCAGCCUGUUGGACUGGGUUGCAGUACUAUCGUUCUUCGCGCAUCAGAAUAAUUUAUCCCUCUGACUUGUAAAUAAUUUCUCUGUAAUCCUUUGAAGACGGUGAAGAACUGAAACCUGGUUCUAUUAAAAAAAAAAAAAAAAAAA